AUGACGGCCUCCACCGCCCCGUUACCAGCAGUUGAGGAGGUCUUCCCCGAUCAAUACAAGGAUAUCGACAUCUUAGAUGUCACGCAUUUUGUCGUCCAAAUGAACGACAUCAUACAGCAUUCUCUGGGCAUUCCUUAUGACCCGAGCAGAUCUCUGCCAUACUGGCAUUAUAUCUGCAGGCUUGUGUCACAGACACUCUUUCAGAAUGACAGCCAACUUGAAUGGCUGAACACGCUUUACAUCUGGGGAAUCGAACAUAUCACCCUCACCAAUCCCGAGCAUAACGUCCCAGAGGAGAAGAAGGAAAGCCAGAAUGUAACGCUUCGGGCAAUAGAGAUUGGUUUCUCAAGGACUCAACCCGGUGAGAAGUUGAAGUUAUGCUGGCAUCCGGCUCGAAAGCUCACUACCGAGCAUGUUUACUCCUGGUUGCAGUGGCAAAGACGCCAGGAUCGUGAAAAUCCUGCCUAG